UAUACCCCCAGUUAUUCCAUCUAUAUUCCAAACCUUACCACCACUACUUGCAGACUUCGUUCAAUCAAGGAUCCAUCCCAACAGCUGGGAGUGAACAAGAACAAUGGAUUUCCACAAUGCUCAGGAAGCCGCGGAAUCGGUGUCUGGCGCCUUUUUCCGCAACGCCACAGCGUCCCGCGUUGACACGGAUGCGGUCAUCUUCGACACCAUCUCCAACGCCCACCCUGGCGUUCCCAUCACCAUCGUCCCCGAAUUCAAUUGUAAUUUGAAAGCCUAUGCCGGAGCGGGCCAGGCCUCCAUCGAGGUCCUCGAACAAAGCAAGAUCGACCCCAAAAUCUGGCCGGACUCGCUCAGAUGGACCUUCUUCGUCCCGCCGAGCCGGCGCAUGGAAGGCGGUGAUGGGAUCGUCGCCGACCAGGUGUUUUUCGAAAGCUACAUUUACAAGUGGGAGAAUCUGACGUUCCUCGUGUACUUUGCCGAUGGCAGAGACGGCCUUCUGUCGUACCCGCAAGUUCGGAACCAGUAUAUCCUGGGCGACAAAGCGGCAGCGCGAACCUUGGUGGCCACCAUUGGACGGUGGGAAUCUGUCUUGCAUGAUGAAGUUUGGGUCUUCAACAAGGGAUACUGGCAGAAGGAUCCGCUGCUCUACCGCAGCAUCAUGAAGUCUCGCUGGGAGGAUGUGAUCCUCGACAAGGAAUUCAAGAAGGAUCUCGUCGACACUGUGCAGCGGUUCUUCGAUUCAAGGGAACAGUACAACCGUCUUCGUGUCCCCUGGAAACGGGGUGUGAUCUUCUACGGGCCCCCCGGGAACGGCAAGACCAUUUCAAUCAAGGCCACCAUGCACACAUUGUACAGUCGAAGCCCGCCUGUACCGACGCUCUACGUGAAGUCGCUGGUCAGUUUCGUCCCGCCCGAAUUCAGCAUCGACACGAUCUUCCAAAAGGCCCGACAGGAGGCGCCCUGCUACCUGGUCUUCGAAGACCUCGACAGCCUCGUCACCGACCAAGUGCGAAGCUUCUUCCUCAACGCCGUGGACGGCCUCUCUGAGAACGACGGCAUCUUCAUGAUCGGCAGCACGAACCAUCUCGACAGGCUGGAUCCCGGCAUCGCCAAGCGCCCGUCCAGGUUCGACAGGAAGUACUUGUUCGACAACCCGACUUUCUCGCAGCGCGUCAAGUAUUGCCAGUAUUGGCAGAAGAAGCUGGGCGACAACGAAGAGAUCGAGUUUCCCGACGAGAUAUGUACGGCGGCCGCCAAGAUCACCGACGGCUUUUCUUUUGCGUAUAUUCAGGAAGCCUUUGUGACCGCACUCUUGGAGAUUGCGAGGGAAAAGGAUAGUGAGCUUGUAGGAGAAGCACCGGCGAGGGAUGAUAAGCUGGAAGACCUGCGAGAGCAGUGGGAUUUGCUGGAGAUCGAAGCAGAGGGAUCGAAGAAAGAAAAGGACCUGGAUGACUAUAUCCUGUGGAGAAAGUUGAAGCAACAAAUCGAGCUAUUGAGGAAGCAGAUUUCAAAGGAAAAUCCUGCCAGUGUGCAGUGAAACCUGACAAUCGCGUCUCUCAUGGCGCUACCCCUGGUCAGCUUUCCUAGCAGGGGCUCGUGCCGGUGUCGAUGGGUACUCUUGAAGAAGACCACGAGGCCUUUGCGCUAUCUGCAGAUUCAUUUACUCUCUUCCAGAGCUUUGCAACGAGGCAAGGAGAAACUAUGAUCAAAAAGGUUGAAGCGGAGGCGCUGAAUGCUUCUAGGCUUGCGAUUUGAAAAAUGGUUGUAAGGAAUGCCGCCCUCGACCUGCUAGGAUAAGAAUAUGUCCAAAAAAAGAUGAGAAGAGGAUAUUGGCACGAAGGAAGAAAAAGUGCGCACUUGGGUGAGACGGGCGGGCUUGACAUGCUUGUGCAGAGCGGGCAGACGUGACUGCUGAGAAUACUCUUGGUUGGCGUUCGUAUAUUGGUCUGGUUCUAUACAGAAGACCUGUUGAUUCUCUCAGGUUAUACUCAGUCCAAAGUUGUAUGUGCAACAUUACCAGCCGCAGAAGCCAUCAAGGACACAAAAGCGCAAUUUGCAGGCCUGGAAGGUAGGGUGGGACUAGAUUGAGCGUGAUAGUGUGAGCUGUCCGUUCCAUUCAUUGUAGG